AUGUCUGCCGCGGGGGGUAUAUGGGCUCCAGCAGCCCUACGCCUCCUCCGCGUGGGCAUCACCAGAACGACGAAGAUGAUACGAACCAAGCUCGCCAACGCAACCCGCCCCGCCGUCGAGGCCGAGCUCGCACACAUUCCCAUCCGCACGACGCCGACCGGUCGACAGCCCAUCCACCCGGCCGCUCUUCUUAGACAGAAGCGCGCGGGACGCUGGUACUCAACCCAGAGCAUCAACAAUACCGUUCGGCGAUGGAUCUCUACGAGCGGCAGUAACGGCCCCAGUAGUUCGGGUAGCGCACGCUUCAGCCGGACAUCAUUUCCGAGCUCAAACACCUCCCGCCGCGUCGGCCAGAUGACUGGCCGCGCGCCAUUCGCGAGCACCCUCCGACCAAACCUCACCGGCGGCGCCAUUGCCCGUACCCAAGGCGGCUACAGCGUCGGCGGCGGGGCUCGCUACUUCUCGCACACGCCCGCAGCGCCCGCGCAGGUCAUCCAGAACGUCUCCGUCGCGAUGCGUGCCUUCUGCCUCUCUGGAAAAAGGGUGCAAUACGACGGCCUCAACGCCCGCGGCGAAAAGCGCUAUCGCUCUGUCUCGGAAGUUGAGCAGGCCGCGUACGUUAAGAUGAUGGGUGCCACUCGCGGUAACCCCGGCUCCUUUGUAGACUUCCACAUCAGCCCCACAGUCACGGCCCUCAGCCCCCUGGCCACGGCCGCCGCUGCGGGUUUCACCUCCGCUAACGCCGAGGAUCCCCCCACCACCACCCUCAACGAGGAUGGCUUCCUCGACGUCCUGUCCAUUGACUUUGCCCGCGCCCUCAAGGACCUUGCCGUCGUUUUCGCCGACCUUAAAAGGCUUGCCAUCUUAGGCGAUUUACCCAUCACGAUGGAAAAGAAAAGCGUGCUUCGAGUGCGAUUCCCCGGGGUCGACGCCGAGACUGUCGAGCGACUAUGUGAUGAUGCUGGCGUUCAGCGAGGUAUCGUCGGGCAAGACGCCGACUUCGAAACCGAAAAUGGCGUCCUGAUGGCGCUCCAGUUCCCGCACGCGCCUGACGACGAUGUGAAAACCAUCACUUCGCCCGGCGGUUCACUUCGGUCACUUUCAGGCAUCGACGUCGACUUGGAAGAGGCGUUCAUGGAAGAGAUGGAAGAGCGUUCUUGGAUGUCAGAUCCUGAGGGAUAUGAAAGUCUGUCGCCCACCCCGAAGACCAGUGAGCAUUGCUCCGAUGGAUAUCAAGGGCUGGAGGGCAUCUACAGAUUCUUGGAGGAAUGUGACCGCAACAAGGGACGAUUUUGA